CCGAGGGCCGCGGGGCUUCACCAGUCACACUGGAGCUGUAAUCAAAGUGGAUAGGUCGAACUUUAUUACCAAGCGUUCGAUAACCAGCUGCAGGAUCUGCCACCUUCAAAUGACUGCACACACUAGAGAGUGUCGAAAUCCAGCACGGGGGUCCCAGAUAUGUUGGUAAAUCGUCGAGGCCUUUCGGACUGACGUGAAUCUUUUCGUGUUUGUCUUUGGAUUUUCAAACUGAUGGUUUGUGAUACCGGAGCAGCUGAUGUGGAAACUGAAGUGGAUGACUUGACGACGGAGCUGGGGAGCCAACAGCACAUCUCAAGUCAACACACCCAAGUCCAGAUCCAGGCGGCCUAGCGUAAGAAAACCAGUCCAACAUCAACACUCUGCUCCUUCCCUGGCCGUCAGGACAACAAGCUCUCUGACCUAUCUGGACCGGAGCGGUCCCACGAUGGGGAAGACCGGGCAGACUACAGUGGACUUAAACUCCCCGUCAGAGGUCAAACAAGCCGUCCCCUCCGAGGACCUGGUCUCCACAGCGCCCCCUGCAGAUCAAAAGAAGGAAAAGGAAGCUCCUCCUGACAGAGGAAGCUGGAAGGGGAAAUUUGACUUCCUGCUGUCGUGUGUGGGAUAUGCCAUCGGCUUAGGAAAUGUGUGGCGAUUUCCUUAUUUGUGUGGCAAAAAUGGUGGAGGAGCCUUCCUGAUCCCGUACUUCAUGACCCUGGUGUUUGCUGGGAUACCUCUGUUCUUCCUGGAAACGGCUCUGGGACAGUUCACCUCCGUGGGGGGGCUAGGGGUGUGGAAGCUCAUUCCCAUGAUGAAAGGUGUUGGUUUGGCUGCCGUUGUCCUGUCGUUCUGGCUAAACAUCUACUACAUAAUCAUAAUCGCCUGGGCUCUUUACUAUUUAUUUAACUCCUUCAGCUCGGAGCUGCCUUGGCAGAGCUGCGAUAACCCCUGGAACACCGAAAGCUGCUUCUCCAACUACAGCCUGACAGACACCACCAACCUGACCAGCGCCGUCACCGAGUUCUGGGAACGCAACAUGCACCAGAUGACCGACGGGCUGGAGACGCCAGGGGAGCUGCGCUGGCCUUUAGUGGGCACCCUGGCGCUGGCCUGGGUUCUGGUCUACUUCUCCAUCUGGAAAGGGGUGGAGUGGACGGGAAAGGUGGUUUACUUUUCCGCCACCUACCCCUACUUCAUGCUGUUCAUCCUGUUCUUCCGCGGCGUCACGCUUCCUGGAGCCAUCGACGGCAUCCUGUUCUACAUCACUCCCGACUUCAACAAGCUAAUUCGAUCGGAGGUGUGGCUGGACGCGGCGACUCAGAUCUUCUUCUCCUACGGACUGGGCCUGGGCUCGCUCAUCGCGCUCGGAAGCUACAACACUUACAACAACGACGUCUACAAGGACUCUAUCAUAGUAUGCUGCAUUAACUCGUGUACAAGCAUGUUUGCUGGGUUUGUUAUCUUCUCUAUUGUAGGAUUCAUGUCCUACAUCACAAAGAAACCGGUGCAGGAACUGGCAGCGUCGGGUCCGGGUUUGGCAUUUCUUGCCUAUCCUCAGGCCGUCACCCAGCUUCCCAUGUCGUCCCUCUGGGCCAUCCUCUUCUUCUCCAUGCUCAUGAUGCUCGGCUUGGACAGCCAGUUCUGCACAGUUGAAGGAUUCAUCACAGCCCUCAUGGAUGAGUAUCCCUUGGUGUUGAGGAAGAGGAAGAAGCUCUUCAUCCUCAUCGUUUGUUUCAUCUCCUUCGUCAUUGGCUUCUCCAACAUCACUCAGGGCGGUCUGUAUGUCUUCAAGAUGUUUGAUUACUACUCUGCCAGUGGGAUGUGUCUCCUCUUCCUCGUCUUCUUUGAAACCAUCUCCAUAUCCUGGUUUUAUGGAGCCGAACGAUUUUACAAAAACAUCGAGGACAUGAUUGGUUAUCGGCCGUGUGUCUGGUGGAAGCUUUGCUGGCUCUUCUUCACGCCUCUGAUCUGCCUGGGGGUCUUCACCUUCAGCGCCUUUGAAAUGACCCCCCUGAUGUUGGGGAAGUAUGUGUAUCCGCUGUGGGGUCAAGUGAUUGGAUGGUUUAUGGCUUUGUCUUCAAUGAUCCUCAUCCCAGGUUACGUGAUCUACAUGUUCUGCACUACCAAAGGCAGCAUCAAACAGCGUUGGCGGAAGAUGACAACUACCCAGGAGGACGAGAAGUCAUCGGGGCUGGAAGAAUUUACGCACACAGGAAGCAUGGGUGAAGCUCCUGUGUAGCCAGGACUGCUGAGGUUAAACCGUUGUGACUGCCAGGACUUAAUGUGAUCUCUGCUGAAAUGUGAAUACAAAAAAAACAAAAAACAAAAAAAAACAGGGCAACAGAAAUCUCUAGAGGAGAUGCACUUCACUCGCUCGACUCCAACCCACGUUGUGCUGGAAACCUUUUUCGACAUGUAGUGGACGUUUGCAUUUAGAAGUAAAGACUCUGAAGACAAACUGAGGAUUUAUUUAUGGAUGAAACUGUGUAGAUAACCCACAUGCACCCUGUUAUUGGCUACAAUUAUGUAUUAUACUGGAGUUUUAUGGGAUUAAGCAAAACACACAAAGUAGCACAUCAUUACAAAGUAGAAUGAAAACUAUUAAAGGUUUAACUUUUUUCAUGAAUGAAGAAUAGGAAAGUGUGGUAUACAUUUGCAUUAAGCUCCUUUUACUCUGAUACCUCUAAGUAAAAUUUUGUGAAACCAACUGCCUUAAUAAGUCAGGUAAUUGAAUUAUUCCUGUGAGUGACUUGAUGUCAGCAUUUGUGCAGGCCUCAGAGGUUUGCUAAACAACGCUAAUGAACAAACGAUACCAUACAGACAAAGGAACACGCCAGCCGGGGAUAAAGUGGUGAAGGAAGAGUUAGUCAUAAUUUUAGCAAAAGGUGGUUCAGUGACGUAUUGAUCCUGGGGGAUUAGAUACAAACGCACAGCACACGUUUUUGAUUUUCAUUUGUAAAAAGUGUAUUUAAAAAAAUAAUAAUAAUAAUCAAGGGAUGUGGACAGUUCUACAAGGCACUGAAUCGACUUUUGCUAUAAUGUGUUCAUUAUAUAAUCCUUAAAAGUUCCACAGAAUUACCGGAGUAUUUCUAAUUCAGCUUAAAUGUAAUGUAAUUUUUUUUUAAACAUAUGUUUAGGUUUGAAUUUAUGUAUAUUAAGGAGUGUUGUUUGCAAUGUAUUUCCGAUAUUAGAAAACUAAACAGACUUGUAUUUAAAAGAUGACGCUAUGUGGUGUUAAAACAUGCAUCUCCAAAGUAGUUUUUAAAACUCAAGAAACAUUUUCUCGCCUUUUCACAUUCUCAGAAGUCCAAUGAUCAGAUUUAUCUCAAAGAUCUUAAAACCUUUCACAGGCUGCAUUACAACCACCUUCAGGUAGCAGAGACCUUCCUAUUAAAUGGCUAAUAAAACAGAAACAGUAAGUCCAGGGCAAACCCAUUUGAAUGUGAUCCUUGUUUUAUGUGCCAGUUUUGGUGGUCCUGUCUGGCGCACGAAACAGGUUGCAGUUAAAGUACAAAAACAAAGGUUAAACGAAAAGCAUCACAAGGAGGACCUGAUCAGAACUUCAGAAUGCAGCAGAUAGACAAGAGGAGAAUGAAAUCGCUAGGAGGUGGGGUCACUGGGAUUGGAGCCAGGUGAGGCCAGUUGUCUAAGUGGAAGCAGCGGGAAAACAAACUGGAUCAAUUACAGAAAACAUUAAACAACAUGGAAAUAACGUGAGACACUACAUGAACCAAACACUAAACUUAUCAACGCAAUAAUAAGAAAACACAAACCAACCUUUCUAGUACGUGUGGAUAAAAGCUCAAUUUAAGCAAAAAAUAAAAUAAAUACAUAAAAAAUUGGAUAAACGCCAAAAGAAACCACUGAACUUUGUGGGGAUUUUCCUUUUUAAAUAUAUGAGCAUCUUUUUGUCUGCUUGACACUUAUCUCUAGACGUAGAAAAUGUACAAAUUUGGAGAUGCAUGCUUUGAAACGAUGAGAUUUUUGGAUAUAAGGAUUGACUGUACUUCAGCUUUUCAUGUAACUAAAAACUAAUAAAUUAAAAAAAACCACUACACAUAAAUACUUUCUUCAGCAUUGUUUUACUGUUGGUAACGAGAGACACAUUUUCUAAACAAAAACACAAACAAAAAAAGCCACACCCUGACGGUUGGAGUCCAUUCAGAAUAUUUUGUUGAAUGUUUAUCCCCAGGAUUCAUAAAGACUUCUAUAAAGUGUAAACUUAGUCGAACAGAAGCCACAGUUUGUCAAAACGUCACUCUUUAGAUGUCCGUUUUGAGCGGCCAGCUUUCAGAACAAAACCUGAUGUCAUUGUCUUUCAUAGUGACUAGUACUGUUAUUUAAAGAUCAGUCUGACUGUUAUCCACUCCUUAAACAACAUAUGCUACCUGGGGAUAAUGUUAUUCAUACUCGUUACGCUGUUGCCUGCUUAACAGCAGUCGGUGUUGUGUGAAAGCUGCCCGAUGUGCUUUGCUUUUCCAACUUGGUCUUUAUAUACAGCCACUCGUGGCACACUGCUGUGAUUCUGGACCUUAAAAAAGACCCGACUCUGGGAGACCAUGAGUCAUACAUAGAUGAAUCAAAACCCAGACCCUUUGCAUCACCGUCUUCACAGGAUAGCUCAGUGUCUGAAAUCAGCCAUGUUGACCAUUACAAAAAACUAUUUAAAUACAAGAUUCAGUGUCUGCAUAACUUGCCAUUGUACUCAUUGCUAUUAAAUCCAAUAACUGAGCCAAAACCAUGUUGGUGAAUUCACUUAAAUAAUCUUUAAUUUCAAGUUGAUAUACUGUAAAUACAGGUAGACGAAUGAUUCAACUGAGGAAGAUGGUUUCACCUGUGUGGCCUCAAACGUGUCCUCCAUUUCUACACCUUUCUAUAUGGUAUUGAGCAAACACAGUGAUCGACAGGCCAUCGAGAUCCAUUCGUCAUUAGCUGAUGAAGGUGUGCACUGGUACGACAAAGCCCUUUUGAAAGUUUCUUCCUUACAUGUUCCAUUUGCUACACUUUCAAAAAUGCUACAUUGAAAUUUUCACUCGAAUCCAACCGCUUCGUGUGUCUCGCGUUCACGUUUAUUGCCCAGCCGUCAAAUCUGUGCUCCGAAAUUCCUGAAACACACAAUGUUCAAACUGAGGAACAAGAACGGGUUGGCUAAAAACAAAAGGGGAGCAUGGAACAGGCGACUGCUCUGUCACGAGGCACUGAAACUUACUGUUUUGUUUCGAGUCUCUUUGAGGGUGUUGCCUAUUAAAAACCAAAAACAUCACUUUUCUUAAAACAUGUCACUCAUGCCUGUUAAGUUCAAGCCUUUUUGGAAUCAGGGUUCAAUCAAUACAUUGUCAAACCAAUGCCAUGCAGUA